UGAGAAACCCUAGGGUGUGUCUCCAGCACUUGUGGAGCAGCUGGCACUGGUGUGAGGGGCUCUGGGUGGAAUGUGCAGGUCGUGUGGAUGGGAUCGUGGGCAGCCCAGCGAGGGGAAGGUUGUGUGUGCGCUGAGGGAUUCUUUCGUGACAUUGUUUGUGGGGAGCCUGUCCCUGCUGUUGGGCUGGGAGGCGAGCUGCUCAGAAAACACUUGUGGGGAGGGAGGUGGCGUGACAAGGGCAUGUGGGCCUCAGCCUCGAGAUCGGCCGCAGCCGUGUGUGCGUGCCUGCCUUUCGUGUGUGUGAGUGGCCUUGUGGGGCUGUGUGAGGAAGAAGCAGGGAGAUAAAUGUGGGGCAGAGCAAGGGCAGCAGGCAGGAGGCCUGGGUGACGUCCGGGUGGCCCGGCUCGUCUUUGUGCAGGGUCUGUGCGCUGGCCUCUCGCUGGCCUGCCCAGCGUGUCAGGGUCACUGGGAGGAGAGGCCUGGCGGCUGCAAGGAAACUGAGCUUGGACAGAGUGGCUCCUUGGUCAUGUUUACGUAAAGGUCGGGUGUGACUCUUGUCACUGAAAUGGAAAAAAGAAACACGAAGUUUUCAGCCUCCGCCUCCUGCUUCACCCUCUCUCGGCCCCCCCUUGCUGGUAUCUCUGCUUUUCCAUCGCUUCUGUGUCUGUGACGCACGCUGGGCAGCUCCUGUGACUGUGGAAGGGUCUGAAUUCGCUCACUAGGCAGAUUCCUCAGAACCGGUUUUCCUCACCUUUGGGGCCUGGGCCCUUCUGUAGGUUGUGUGUGUGUGUGUGUGUGUGUAGGGGGGAUGGUGUGUGUGUGUUCCAAGUGUGUACACACCACUGGGUACUGCGUCUCGCCUGGUCUGGAGGGUGGAUAUGCACGGGGAGCGGCAGGAAGGCACGAUGGCUGGGGCCUCCUGCAUGGAGGGGUUGCUGGGUGCUAAGCGAGGCCUGCACAACAGGUGCACCGCUGCCUGGUGGAGGAGAAGGAGGUCUGGGUAGAACUGACGGGUUCUGGCCCUACUGCUUCUUCACUGGCGCUUUCCCUGAGUGAGCCUCGGUUCCUCAUCUGUAAAAUGGGACUAAUUGUCUGCCCUGCCCAUCUCCCAACAGGGUUGUAAGCAAGUAGCAUAUGGGAAAUGUGCCAGAAAAGUAGCUACAGUUUGGGGACUGUGCCAGCAACUGUCAGCCCUCUGCCAGCGCUGAGCCCCUGUUGGGGCUUGGCUCAUAACAGUAGCAAUAAGCACUUAUUUAGCACUUACUGUGUACCAGGCACUGUUCUCAGCUUCACAUAUGAUCACUCAUUUAGUCUUCACAGUGCCCCGUGGAGGUAGGUAUUCUAAUUACCUCUCCUUUUCAGAUGAGACCGCUGAGGCCCAGAGAAGUCAUUUGCCACUUAGCUGGGAAGAGGGAAAGCUGGAUUUGAACGCAGGCAGUCAGGUUCCAGGUCCUGUGCUCUACUACGCUGCUUUCUGCUGCCCUUCUGCAGUUUUCUGCGGGCCUCUCUAUGCACACACUUCUCCCCAAUUUCUGUCUCCCUCAGCACCUGCACCAAUCCAUUUCAGAAGACCCAUGUGCUUAGUAACUCAGCGAGGCCUAGCCUGGGGAGUGAGCUAAUGUCUGCUGCUGGGCGCUGGCCAUAGAAGCAAAACGAUGUGGAUGAGCCAGGCGAGGGAGAGCUUGUCCUGUGGGUUCGGUAGGGCCACGAGGGAGGUGGCAUUUGAGUUCGAUCUUAAUAUUUUGCAGGGCUUUGGAGAAGAGGUGGAGGAAAGGCUGCAUUUCUGACAGGAGGACCAGCAUAGGCAAAAGCAUGGAGGUCCGGGAUGUGUUGAGGUUGUAUAGCACACGGGGUGCUUGAAGGGAGACUAGCACAGGCAAGAUGGGAAAGGAAGGUUGGAAGUAGACCCCUGAGUGCCUGGCUGAGGAACUGAGCUUUAUUCCAGAGUGAGUGGGGGCCAGUGAAGGGUUCUGAGACCAAGAGUAAUACCACCUGAGCUGCACUGGGGAGGCUGACCUUCAGUGAGAGGUAAGCCUGGAGGCAGGGGAAUAGCUGGGAGACCAUGACCUUGGACCUUGCGAGUGUGAACAAGGCCCCGAGCUAAUUUGGGGGCCGGAGGUGGGUCGAAGGGAAGGCUUCCAAAGCCUUUCCCAAGCCGGGCUGCAGAUUUGACCAGACUUGGGGACUGCGGAUGUGGGGAGCGAGGGAAAGGACAGAGUCAGACAUGACACAGUUAGCAGUUAGCACGUGAGACCUUGUGUGGUGAUUCUGCAACCCGCUCGCUGGCCAUAGGCCCUUUCGGGGCAGGAUCUGGCAGUAUGGCAGAGGGCAAGACUCAGCACCUGGACCCACACAGACUGGAUUUGAAUUGUGCUCUGCUCCUCACAAGCUGUGUGACCUUGAACAAGAGGGAAGAGGCCCGGCCGAAGGGACUUGCUGAGCCACCCUCAUUCUGCUCCAUGGUGGCUGUGCUCUCAGGCUGGUGCCAUGCCCCCCCCAGCAGAGGUGACGGACCCAUCCCAUGCCCCCGCUGUCCUGCGCCAGCUCAAUGAACAGCGGCUCCGUGGCCUCUUCUGUGAUGUCACCCUCAUAGCCGGAGACACCAAGUUUCCUGCUCACCGCAGCGUCCUGGCUGCUUCGAGUCCCUUCUUCAGAGAGGCCCUGCUUGCUUCAGCUCCACUGCCCCUCCCACCAGUUAUUGGGGGCUCAGCCCCUAACCCUGCCACCACCACAGCUGCCUCCUCCUCUUCCUCUUCCUCUUCCUCCUCUUCUCCGCCUCCAGCCUCGCCCCCCGCGUCCUCCCCACCCAGGGUCCUAGAGCUGCCAGGGGUCCCAGCAGCUGCCUUCUCCGAUGUCCUCAACUUCAUCUACAGCGCCCGCCUUGCACUACCUGACGGUGGCGGGGAUGGGGCAGCCGUGGCAGAGAUCGGAGCUCUGGGGCGGCGCCUGGGCAUCUCCCGCCUACAAGGCCUGGGGGAGGGAGGUGAUGCCUGGGUACCUCCUGCCCCAGCCCCCGUGGCCACUUCGCAGCCCGAAGAAGACAGCUUUGGGCCUGGGCCUCGGCCAGCCAGGGAGUGGGAGAGUGACAGGGCUGAGGCCCAGGGCCCUGACUCGCAGCCUGCCCUGUCCCGACAGCCCCUGCCCUGUCCCCGAUGUGGGAAAAGCUUCAUUCAUCCCAAGAGGCUCCAGACCCACGAAGCACAGUGCCGCCGGGGGGCCAGCGCGAGGGGCUCUGCGGGGCUGGGAGCCGGGGGCUCUGGCCCUAGUGGCCCCACAGGCAUGGACGCCUCAGCCCUGCCUGCCACCGUGGGCUUCAGAGGUGGCCCAGAGCACGUGGUGAAGGUGGUCGGCGGCCACGUGCUGUAUGUGUGUGCGGCCUGUGAGCGCUCCUACGUGACCCUGUCCAGCCUGAAGCGGCACAGUAAUGUCCACUCCUGGCGGAGGAAGUACCCCUGCCGCUACUGUGAGAAGGUGUUCGCCCUGGCCGAGUACCGCACCAAGCACGAGGUGUGGCACACCGGGGAGCGCAGGUACCAGUGCAUCUUCUGCUGGGAAACCUUUGUCACUUACUAUAACCUGAAGACCCACCAGCGAGCCUUUCACGGUAUUAGCCCCGGCCUCCUAGCCAGUGAGAAGACACCCAAUGGAGGCUACAAGCCCAAGCUCAAUACCCUCAAGCUGUACCGGCUGCUUCCCAUGCGGGCAGCCAAGCGACCCUACAAGACCUACAGCCAGGGAGCCCCUGAGGCCCCUCUUUCUCCAAGCCUCAACACACCGGCCCCUACAGCAAUGCCAGCCAGCCCACCGGCUGGACCCCCACCUGCCCCAGAGCCUGGCCCCCCACCCUCUGUCAUCACUUUUGCCCACCCGGCUCCCUCUGUCAUUGUUCACGGGGGCAGUAGUAGUGGUGGAACAGGGAGUGGGCUGGCCAACACCGGUGGGGCCCAAGCCGCCUCGGUCAUCACUUACACUGCUCCCCCGAGGCCCCCCAAGAAACGUGAGUACCCACCUCCUCCCCCAGUGCCUACACCCACACCAACCAGCCCAGCCACAGCGGGCCCCCCCGCCACACCUGCAGGGCCUGCCACGGCCACAGAGGAGACCAAAGGCCGCAACCUGCGGGCCGGAAGGACUCUGACCUACAUGGCCAAGCCGGCUGGCGGGAGUGGCGGGGAUGGGGGUCCUCCCGCAGGGCCUGGCCGGGGGCCUCAGCUUCAGGUGCCACCUCCACUGUGUCAGAUCACUGUGCGGAUUGGUGAGGAGGCCAUUGUCAAGCGCCGCAUCUCAGAAACUGACCUGCGUCCUGGGGAACUGAGUGCAGAGGAAGUGGAGAGUGAGGAGGAGGAUGAAGAGGAGGACGAGGAGGAGGAGGAGGAGGAAUCGAAGGCUGGCGGGGAGGACCAACUCUGGAGGCCCUACUACUCAUACAAGCCCAAGCGCAAGGCUGGAGCUGCAGGCGCAGGCGGCAGCGGGGGCAGCGGGAUACCCAGAGGCCGCAGGCCACCACGCUGGAGACAGAAGCUGGAACCGAGGAGCUGGGAGGAGACCCCAGGGGCUGAGGCCCCCACAGGGCGUGCCUGCGGGGAGCGGAGGCACCGCUGCGGGGACUGUGCCCAAACAUUCGCUACCCAGAGGAAGCUGCGAAAGCACCAGGAGGCCCACGGUGGGGGCUCCCACAGCUCCCGGGCUGGACGGAGGUCUUCCACACGCUUCGCCUGCCCUCACUGCGCCAAGGUGUGCAAGACGGCCGCCGCCCUGAGCCGCCAUGGGCAGAGGCAUGCUGCUGAGAGGCCUGGGGGCACCCCCACACCUGUCAUUGCCUACUCCAAGGGCAGCACUGGCACCAGACCCGGGGAUGUCAAGGAGGAGGCCCCCCAAGAGAUGCAGGUCUCCUCAUCCAGCGGGGAGGCCGGUGGCGGGAGUGCUGCUGCGGAGGAAGCGUCUGAGGCCACCUCAGUCCAGGACCCUGUCAUCUCAGGGGGUGAGGAGCUCCCAGUGGUGGCAGGAGCGGGCGCCUAUGCAUACCCACCUGUGCAGGAGUUCCCACUGGCUCUGAUUGGAAGCGGCCGGGAACCUGGUAGUGGCCGGGGAAAGCCUGGCAGUGAGGGGCCCGUGGGGGCUGGGGAGGGGGACCGAAUGGAAGGGAUAGGAGCUGCCAAAGUCACCUUCUACCCCGAGCCCUACCCCCUUGUCUAUGGCCCCCAGCUCCUUGCUGCCUACCCUUACAACUUCAGCAACUUGGCUGCGCUCCCAGUUGCUCUUAACAUGGUCCUACCUGAUGAGAAGGGUGGGGGAGCCCUUCCUUUCCUACCAGGGGUCUUUGGCUACGCAGUCAAUCCUCAAGCAGUACCCCCUACGCCCCCAACUCCGCCUCCCCAAACUCUUCCUCCACCAGUCCCCCCUAAGGGAGAAGGGGAAUGGGCAGGGAUUGAAGGAACCCAAAAGGGAGAUGUGGGGUGAGCUCUGGACCCAGAUCUCCCCUUUCACCAGAUGCCACCCUCCCUGAACCCCCCGCCACUACCAGCUCCCUGGCCUCCUUGCCCCCUGGGAGCCCCUCCACACUCUUGUGCAGGGACUUAGGGGCCCCUGGAGCUCAGGGGUCAGGCUGCUUUGUGUGAGAUUGUAGUUUUCCUAUCUCCUGGGAAGGGAUCUUUGGUGGUUCCCCUCUCGGUUCUCCUCCAGGGAAUGACCUCCAUAAGGGGCAGGGCCAGCUCCCAUUCCCUUGGCCAGCCCUCGGGGCAACUGAGCAAUAUACUUACAUGAAUCUCUACUCAUGGCCCCCACCAGCUCUGAAUGUCUAACCCGCCCCCCUGAUUCGUAUUCCUAGGGGGAAACCAUCUCUCUUCCCUACGCUCCUCCCUCCUUUGAAGCGUUCUCUAAGCCCUUGCCCAGAUGCUUCCUAGCACAUUCCAUUCUUGGCCCAGGGCCUGGACCAGACCAUUGUGAUACCUGACACCCACCCACAUGGGAGCUUGGCUUUGGAUUCUAUCUUCCGAUGGUGGAUUUCUGUGUCCCUUUUUCCUUCACGUAAAGAUGCCAUGCCUUCCUUGGCUUCCAUGCCUUUGGAUCUUCCAUAUCCCUCCUCAAACUCCAAGACUCUGGAGAUGGCCUCUUCCAAUCCAGGUCAAGGGGGUGUUGGGGAGGAGGGCUACCCAUCUGUUUCUUUCCCAGCCCAGGGCAGCACCAAUCUUGGUUCUAUCUUGACCCCCAAAUCCAGUGAGUCCCAGAUUCUUCCAAGGCAAAAGAGGUGAGUAGAUCACAUCUCUUUCUGCCUCUACCUAUGGCCUCUUCUGGGCUAAGCCAGAUUUGGGGGCCAGGAGGGAGGACCUCCAUAUGGAAUGGGGAAGGGAAUCUACUUUUUCCCUGUGUUUUUUUUUUUUUUCUUCCUGAUGGUUUCUCCCAGACUAGACCAAAUAGCCAGAAAAAUAAUGGGGGUUGGAUGGGUGGGUAAGCUCAAGAUUUGCACAUGACCUCCCAUCCUUACCUUUACCCCCAUCUGUCCCAGUACCACUUCCCUCACCAAUCACUCCAGAUGGUUUUGGGGAAACCAUACUAUUCCCUUGGUGGGCUUUGGGGUAUCCCCACCAAUUUCCCCUCCAAAAUAGCACCUUAUACCCCAUCUCUGAUUCAGUUCCCCACACCCAAAGAUCCCAGCCUAGGGAUGGGGUGCAGGGACCUUAAAUAGUCCCUAAUCCCUAAUUUGCACUAGUUAACCCUGGUCAGGGUCCCUAUGUUUCCUUCCAGUGGGUUGUUGGAGAAACAUUUGCUCCUAAUUCUGUGAUAACAGGGCCUCCCCACUCCGUGAUUGGAUGAGCAUUUCCCAUCUAACCCACCUCACCCAAAAAAACCCAGCUCAUAAGGGGAGAGCCAGUUUUGGGGAGCAAAUUUGAAAAAUGGGAAUUAGAGGAGUGCAGUUUUAGAAAAGGGGAAAGUUGCUAUCAUCAAAAUGGCAGCCUUUUUCCCAGCUACUGUUUUCUGGGGCCAAGAUGGCUGCCCUCUCAAAAGAUGUUGAAAGGGCAAGAUCAUGGCUUUUAGAGGGAGGUGAAUUUGGGGGAAGGCACAGGAGCAUCCUCCUGCCUCCUCUUACCCUCCCAGACUACACAAAGGGGGAGGUUCUUGACAGGCUCCCUGAAUGUUAACUAUGGAGGAGUGUCGCUCCUUCACUACUCCUCUGUCUCUUUGCACUUUUCUUGGUCUUGGCCACAGUCCGAGUGAAGAGUUUUCCUACUGAAUGUACCAAGUUCCAAUUUUUAUGGGAGAAAAAAAAUUUUUUUAAACAGGGAAAAAUGCAAAAAAAAAAAAUCACUAAAACGUUCCCACAAAUCUUGUUUCUGGCACUUUAGAAAAACUGCGAAAAAAGUACAUAAUAAAGAAUACAUAUAUAUAUAUAUCUAUAUCUACACACAGAUUAUAUAUAUAUAUACACACACAGCGGAACCACAAGAGAGACUGAGGAAGGCCUUGGAGGCAGGGGCCAGAUGGGAUGACAGUCCCCUUAUAUCCUUAACCUGAACCGCUGAGGCAGAAAGGCACAGGAGAUGGAAGGGGUGGAGGAUGGACCAGGGAAUUGUAAUUUCUGCAGGUCACAAUUCUAAAACCAUUUUGGGAGAACUGAGAUUGUAGACAUUUAUUUUUUUGAAAAUAUGAUUUAGGGAAAAGUUUCCAGAAUUCGGUGGUUCUGGGCAACAAAUGAGAUUGUGGCAAAAUGGCGAUGAAAAGACAUGGGGAACUUGAAUAUUGUGAAUUUCAGAUGUUGGAAAUUGGGGGUUUUGCAAUUUCAUCUUUUGAAAAGUAUCGUCUUGUCAGUUUGUGCCCUUUCCUCAUGUUCCCUGGGAAGAAGGGUGAUGGUGGAGUAGGAAGGCCACUGGUUCUGUGCCACAGCACGCGAGAUUUAGAAUUCUACAGACUCUAGUUCUAUAUGUAGUGAGGACCCAGAUUUAGAGAAAUUGACCAAUAUUUAUCUCCGCAUUUGUGUGUGUGUCCAACUCUCUAGGCCAAUAAACCAACAAGACAAACAAACUGUG